CCUCCCUGCCUGUGCCGAGCUCCUGCCCGCACUGGGGCUCUGCCCGGCUCUGUGUGCCGCAGGCAGCACCCAUGGGGGUGUCGGGGUGGGCUCCCCCCGGGGCCGGGGGCAGCGCCGUGGUCUAGGGAGGCUCUGCGCGUGCCCCCCCGCCCGGCCCAUCAUGCCAUUGCUGGAUUUUUUCUGGGCUUGCUUCAAAAGAGCCAAGUGUUUCACAUUGCUAGAAGACAAAAAAGAUGCAGAAACUGAAGCCAAGAAAGCUUGCGACUGGCUGCGAGCAGCAGGAUUCCCUCAGUAUGCCCAGCUUUAUGAAGACUCAUUGUUCCCUCUCGACAUCGGCGCUGUGAAGAAGGACCACAGCUUCCUGGAUCAGGACUCCCUCAAAUCCCUGUGCAGGAGGCUGAUGACCCUGAACACAUGUGCCUCCAUGAAGCUGGAAGUCCACUUUCAGCGUAAACAGAAUGAAGACUCUGAGGAGGAAGACCUGUGCGCCAUCAGUGACCGGUGGGCUUUUCAGAGGGACAGCAAGAGGUGGUCCCGGGUGGGGUCCGUUGAUGUCCUCUCCCAGGGCUCCGAGGUCCUGAGCUCUACCAUGCGGCUGGCGUCCAGCCGGGAGAGCGUCCUCACGGACCUCAGCACCAACCCGGAGGCCGCGUCCCUGCACAGCAGCAGCAGCACGGGCGGCACGCUGGGCAUUGGGGUCCCACCGCCUGACCCCCCGUCCCCCCUCCGCGCCGUCACCGCCUCCAGCCACAGCUUGAGUGAGCACUCCUUGCCAGAACAGCCCUCCAACCGCGGCGAGGGCUCCAAGGAGAAACCAAAGAAACGACGGUCUCGCAGCUUCCUGAAGAGGAUCGAGUCCCUCCGAAGGAAGGACAAAGAGAAAGCCAGCCUAGACGAGAAGGUGGCCCCACAUGGCAGCAUCACAGCCACACCAGGAUGGGGCUCCCUGAAGACUAAUGGGGACCUUGCAGUGACCAAGGCCAACUUCUCUAAAAGAGGGAUAUCUGCUUCUUUCCAUGGCAAAAAACAUUUCUUCUCGGUAUCGUACAGGACUAACCGCUUGCUGGGCUCAGGUGGGAGCAAGGUCAGCUCUGACCCAAAACGUAGCGGAGUCUACCUGGAGGACUACGAAACGGCCGUGGCAGCCAGCGGUGACUGGGCUUCUGGAGAGUGCCAGCACCGGCAGGCACGGCGGAGGGACUGCUUGGUUUACAUCCCCCAGGACCACAAGCCAGGCACCUUCCCCAAAUCCCUCUCCAUCGAGAGCUUGUGUCCCUUGGGCGGCAGCUCCUUGACCCACUGGAAAUCGGGGAAUGCACCCGUAGGGCUGGGGGGGGGUGGCGGGGGUGGCAGCAGCAGCAGUGUGGAGGGCUCAUCCUCCCCGCAGGGCUUCGCCUGCCGCCGCCGGCGGGGCUCCUGCAGCUCCCUGGGCAGCCGGGUCAGCGUGUACGACAACGUGCCGGAGUUCGGCAGCAGCGAGGAUUUCUGCAAGGAGGACAGGGAGGUGACCUACGAGAACCUCGACGACAUACUGCAGCACAUGUGGGGGCUGCAGCAGAAGGUGAAUCUCUGGUAUAAAGCUAUCUCCCCUGACCUGGCUGGGGAGGAGGGGGGCGAGGAGGAGGAAGAGGGGGAGGAGUCGGACUCGGGAGGGGAACCCUCCAACCUGCACUUCGAAGAGCGGUCCAUGUCGGAUGUUGGCACCUCUGCCAGUGACUUUGACAGCACGGGCAACUCCCUCAACGAGGCCGAAGAGAUCGAGAUGCGGGAGCGCCGGGACUCGGGGGUGGGAGCAUCGCUCACCAGGCCCUGCAGAAAGUUGCGUUGGCACAGUUUCCAGAACUCGCACCGGCCCAGCCUGAACUCUGCCUCCCUGGAGAUCAACCGCCAGUCCUCUGCCCAGCUAAACCUGCUCCAGAAGUGCUCCCUGCUCCGUCUCACAGCCAUCAUGGAGAAGUACUCGGUGCCCCACAAGCAGGCCUGGACGUGGACUGUGCCCAAGUUCAUGAAGCGGAGUAAAGUCCCCGACUACAGGGACAAGAUGGUCUUUGGGGUGCCACCCAUCAUCAACGUGCAGCGGACGGGGCAGCCCCUGCCCCAGAGCAUCCAGCAGGCAAUGCGCUACAUCCGCAGCCAGUGCCUGGACCAGGUUGGCAUUUUCCGAAAGUCAGGGGUGAAGUCCCGGAUUCAGGCGCUCCGGCACAUGAAUGAAACCAGCCCCGACAAUGUCAACUAUGACGGGCAGUCGGCGUAUGAUGUGGCUGACCUGCUGAAGCAGUAUUUCCGCGACCUGCCGGAGCCCAUCUUCACCAGCAAGCUGACAGACACCUUCCUGCAGAUCUACCAGUUUGUGUCAAAGGAGCAGCGGCUGCAGGCGGUGCAGGCGGCCGUUAUCCUCAUGCCAGAUGAGAACCGGGAGGUGCUGCAGACCCUGCUCUACUUCCUAAGUGACAUCGCCUCGGCAGAGGAGAACCAGAUGACAGCCGGGAACCUGGCUGUGUGCCUGGCCCCCUCCAUUUUCCACCUCAAUGUGUCCAAGAAGGAAAGUACCUCGCCAAGGGUGAUACAUAAGAGGGGCACCAUGGGGAAGCCUGACCAGAAGGACCUCAACGAGAACAUGGCUGCAACACAGGGGCUCUCCCACAUGAUCACCGACUGCAAGAAGCUCUUCCAGGUCUCCCAUGACAUCUUACUGCAGCUGAGCAGCUCCUAUAUGGCAGCAGAUGCUUACCCCCAUCCCCUGACUGACUUUGUGUGCCAGGGGGAAAGCAAGGAUUUACACUCCUACUUUGAGCAGAGUGUCCAGAACCUGUUGAAAGAGUCAUCGGAGAAAUUCAAGGGGUGGCUGAGCACGCCAGGACCCCUGAACACAGAGCUCUCCUGCAAAAAGGUUGGGGACGGGCACCCUCUGCGCUUGUGGAAGGUCUCCACGGAUGUUGAGGCCCCUCCCACCACGGUCCUGCACCGGGUGCUUCGGGAGCGUCACCUCUGGGAUGAAGACCUGCUGCAGAGCAAAGUGGUAGAGGCCCUGGACAAGAACUUGGAGGUCUAUCACUAUGUCACGGACAGCAUGGCACCCCACCCACGCAGGGACUGCGUGGUGCUCCGGCACUGGCGCACGGACCUGCCACGGGGAACCUGCCUGCUCAUCUCCAUCUCGGUGGAGCACGACAAGCUGCCAGUGGAGGGAGGUGUCAAGGCCAUCGUGCUGACGUCCCAGUACCUCAUCGAGCCCAGCUCCAUGGGCCGCUCCAAAGUGACCCACAUCUGCAGAGCUGACCUCAGGGGCCGGUCUCCCGAGUGGUACAACAAGGUCUUUGGCCACCUCUGUGCCAUGGAGCUGGUGAGGAUCCGAGACUCUUUCCCAGCCCUGAGUCCCAACAGCCCUGAGACCAAGAUCUGAGGCGCCAGGAAGAUGCUCUGUCCUGUCUGCUGUAGACUGGCCGGUGGAUCCGACUUGCAGCUCUCAAAGAGGAGCAUGGUGCAGGCAGCUGGCCGGGGAGGGGGAGGCAGAGGUUGGCGUGCUCACAGGCACAUAUUUAUAAGCGUCCUUUUACCCUGGGCUGGGCAUCCCCCAUCCCACCGUCCUGGUUGCUGCUUCAGCUGCCCCUUGCUUGAUAACAUUGUGCCACAGGUUGGCUGCAGAGGCAAAGCCAUGCAGCCCACGCUCUCUGCAGGAGGGGUUGGCGAGCGGAGGGAAAGAGAGGGGCUGUGGGGUGACACCACCCCCACCCCCCAGAAAGGCAGCCUGCAGGCAGGGCUGGGAAGCAGCUGGCCCACGUUGAGCUGGGAGCAGCUGCAGGGGUGAAGGUGCAUGGGGCGAAGCGGGAGGGCACGGGAGAAGUGAGCGGGGAAGAUGAUGCCAUGGCUGUAGGUUGCAGUGCUGUGUCAGGAAGUGAAGGAUGGGCAGCGAGGGGUGGAUCGUGUGUGCAUUGUCACCUGGUGAGGACAGCCAGAGAGCCACUGCAAGAACCUGUUUGGUAGUAGAAGAGGCUGCUGUUCUGAGAGGAGGGGGCUAUAUACAGAUAGAUAAGCUUCAAGUGCUAGCCCUUGUCAAGGGGCAGAAGGAACCUAUUGCACCUUAGGUGCUGAAUUUCACAGCAGAAGAAAAGGCUCCCUAGCCUUGGACCUUGCUUUUGCUUGGCUAAAAGCCCGCUCUUGCAUACUAGGUUUCAGAGGGGCUGGAUGGAUGAUGUUCCAAGGCAAGCCCAUCCCUUGAAACCAGCCUCCCCCUUGUUUGGAGGGGCAGGAUCAGUCUAGAGCUCCAGAGCAGCUGCCCAGGUAGCUGGCUGGCUACAAGCUGGGAAGGGACAAUGCCCCAUGGGGGUGGUUAUGGGGAGGCACAGUGAGAGGGAAGGACAGAGCCAGCACAGCAGCUCCCCUUUCCUUACUUCUCUUGGGGUUCACACUGCACUGCCCUGGAGAGGGCAGGAGGGCAGAGCAGCCUUGCCAGCACCAGCUGCACCAUGGCAGCGCUCUGGGCUGAAAGCUUUGGCCAAGGCUGGGUGAGCACACCUCAGAGCUGUGCUCAUCCCAGCUCCCGAGGGGACAAAGCCAGCAAAGCAAGGGAGUCCACACCAAGCUAAGCACCUGCCAGCUGCCCAGGCCAGGAUCCAUCCCGUCCUGGCCUCUGCAGUAAGGUGGGGAGGUGGAGGUGUCCUGGCUUCGCCCCUCUUUGAGCAGCUAGACGGGGCAGAGCCCAUGCCCCUCCUGGGCACAGAGCGCCCUCGCUACCGUUACUCCCUGCAGAGAUAUCCAUUCCCCUUCCCAUCCCUCACUUUCCUCCACGGAGAAACUGUCCACCGUGGCUAACAGCACCCAGAGAGCUGACCUGGUUUCUCCGUUCAGGCAGGGACCCAAGUUACCAGACAGCGUUCCAACUGGAAGGCAACACGACCCACACAUGGGAGCGAUUCCCAGUGUCAGUUUUGCCGUAACACAUCCUAUCUGUCUCUCUUUCGGUAAAAAAAAAAAAAAAAAGCAACUCAGCCUGUAUUCUGUGUUUUUAUAUAUAUAUUUUAUAUAUAUAUAAAAAUAUAACUAACAGUUGGGGGAGUGAUUUUUCUCCUAAUAUUUUUUUAAAAUGUUUCUUUUUUUUCUAUCUAUAAAUACUUGUACAGUUGGAAUAUUAAUAUAUGACUCCGGUGGUAGAGUUCAGUGCCAGGUGUUGCUCACUUAAGAGAUGUGUAUUUUGUAUUUAAGGGACUUUCAUUUUGUACCAUAUGAAACAGCAACAGAUUGUUUGACUUGGAUGAGGGCUGUUUUUCCCCUCUGUGUAAUUAAUAAAAUACUAACGGUA